GGCUCAGAUUCAUUGAAGGAGGCGGAGGAAAGCGCGCACAAGUUUGCGACCGCGGUGGAGUCGAAGUUAUCCUUCAGCACCAAAAACUAAGCGAAACCGAGGAUAAAGGAGCCUUAAGCGAGGAAGCAGGAAUCAGAAACAGGAUCUAUCCCAGUCAGAGGUGGUGUGUGUUGCCUCCCAGUGGUCCCCUCCCAGCGCCAAAAAAUGAGUCUUAGCACCAGCGAGCUGGAGGACCUGUGGGAGUCGUUGGGGUUCCUCAACUUCUCCGAGGCCUUCAGCAACAUCUCGAGCGUGGAUACAAUGGUGUGUGCCACCGCUUUCAAUCGCAACGCUCUGCUUUACUCCAUGUGUGUCCUCUACACUUUCAUCUUCAUCGUCGGUCUGGCUGCGAACGCUCUGGUCCUCUGGGUAAACGUCCGCACACAAAGAGACUCCACCCCUCGCCAUGAGACACACAUGUACAUCGCCCACCUGGCAGUCGCAGACCUCUGCGUGUGCGCCACCCUGCCUGUGUGGGUGAGCUCGUUGGCCCAGCACGGCCACUGGCCCUUUGGUGAGGUGGCGUGUAAACUCACACACCUUCUGUUUUCCGUCAACCUCUUCGGCAGCAUCUUCUUCUUGGCCUGCAUGAGCGUGGACCGCUACCUGAGCGUGACGAUGCUCAGAGACAAUGAUGGAGGUGCGUACAGGAAGCUAGUCCGCCGCGGUGCGUGUGUAGGGGUGUGGCUUCUGGCUCUGGUUGCCUCCCUACCGGACACUUACUUCCUGCGCACUGUGAAGUCAACACAUGGGGACGCCAUGCUGUGCAGGCCUGUGUAUCCGGAGGAAAACCCCAGGGAAUGGAUGGUUGGUGUGCAGCUGAGCUUCAUCCUGCUGGGCUUUGUUCUCCCCUUUCCCGUCAUCGCAGUGUUUUACGCACUGCUCGCCAACGCUUUCACUGGCACCUCUCCUUCUGCGUCGUCUUCCACAGUGGAUCAGGAGCGUCGCGUGAGCCGCAGGGUGAUCCUGGCGUACAUUGUGGUGUUUCUUGGCUGCUGGGGGCCCUACCACGCCGUCCUCUUGGUCGAUGCCCUGUCUCAGCUGGGCGUGGUGCCUCUGACCUGCGGCCUGGAGAACGUUCUCUACGUGGCCUUACACCUCACCCAGUGCCUGUCCCUGCUCCACUGCUGUUUCAACCCCAUCCUCUACAACUUCAUCAACAGAAAUUACCGCUACGACCUCAUGAAGGCCUUCAUCUUUAAAUACUCCACGAGGACGGGCUUGGCGCGCCUCAUCGACGCUUCCAACAUGUCUGAGACUGAGUACUCUGCUGUAGCUGUAGACAACCCACCACAGAUCUGAAACCAAUCAAAAAGCAUUUCUUGAACACUGUUUCUCAAUCUCAAUGACUAUAAUACAAUGUAGACUUACUUUACAGCUGAUUUGUCCUUAUCAGAAUCUGUCCACUAUCAGCAUCAUGUUUGAUGACAGCGAAGGGAGGAAAAAGGCCAAUUUCUGUGUCCUUUGUACAUAAAUCUGCUUAAGGGUUAUAGGAGCUUGAAGACAGGCCAAGAUCAACUUUGAUGGACUGAUAGAAGCACUUAGAAAGCAGUUUUAUCAUAACUGAAAUUGUAUGAAUAUUGUCAGUCAUUUUUAAAGCCAAAAAGUGUCUGUAAAUGUGUAAAAUCAUAGCUUGUACUGUGUACGUAAGAUUGAAUGUGUGUGUGUUUGUGUGAAUCUGACAGGCAUCGAACAUUGAUAGUAUCAGCAGAGUAUUGUUAAUCUUUCUUUCUUUUUUUUUUUUUUUUUUUUACCAAAUUGUAUUUAUACUGUGUACUUUUUUGCCUCUUUAUCAUUGUAAAUCAAAGUCUUUACACACUGAUGUCCGCUCAGUGCUCCACUCCAUAAAAUGCUGCUUCAUCUUUUUAUAGUCGUGCCACUGACGGGCUCAGUGUUUCAGUCCUGCUGUCUCUUCAUUAACCAUAACCUCAUGUCAAGUCAGUUGAAUCCUUCAGAUAAAUAAUUUAAAUCAAGUUUUUGAGUCUUUCCUACAACUGAUUUUUGGAAAUGAUCUAAAAAGUGUGUGCUCUGUGUUGCAAAGUUAAAGGAAUAGUUCAACUUUUUGGGAAAUAUUGCAAACAUUGAGAUACCAUUCUCAUAAUAAACUAGCCAGCAGCUGAUGAGCUUAGUAAGUAUGGAAACAGCUUGCCUGGCUCUGUCCGAAGGUAAACAAAAUCUGCUUACUGGCACAUCCAAAGCUCUUAUGUAACAUUUGACAUUUGUUUGCUUAAAAUGACAAAAAAAAAACACAACUUUUUAAGGGAAGAUUAUGUGCUGGAUUAUUUCUUGGCUGGAUGCAGUGACUUUCCGUCGUCUUCUAGUCUUUUCACCAAGCUAAGCUACGAUAAUCACAUGCUGACUUUAGCUUCUAAUUUAGCUUACAGACAUAAAAGAGGGACCUUUUCAUCUGACUCUGCAAGAAAACAAAUAAGAGUAUUUUCCAUAUGUUGAACUGUUCCUUUAAAGAAGGCUGGGUUGUUGUGCUUAAAAAUGUUUAUUAAUUAUCUUCUUAGUUUUCUUUUAAAUAUUUCCAAAAUUGUCUGGAGGCUUCAACUGGGACUACUGAGCUUAAAGAGCAGACAGAUAUAGCUCCCAUGUCUUUUGUAAAGUAUUAUGUCAUGCUGUUGCUAUAUUUUGCAUCAGUGGUGAUAGCGGAAACGAUGCACAAGUCUAUGUAGUAUUAAUUCUGCUGUGUCAGCACACAGGCCACAGACGGCUCAAAAUUUUAUGACCAAGCAACAUAAAUGAGUAGCUUCACUACUUUCAUUUAAGCAGCAGCUGUGGUGUGUAACAACCAUGUGUUUAUUAGGGACCGAAUAACAAAAAAACAUUACAUUGUGUGUGUGUAUGUGUGUGUAGCUGACGUUUUAUAUGUCAUAAACAUUGAGUUACACAGUUUACUCACUGUCUGUUGUAGGAAACAACAUAAUCUUUUGAUACGCUGACACAUUGUGCCAUGUGAUUGGUUACACAUGUAUGCUUUUACACUGAAAAGAUUUCACGUUGCGAUCAGAAAAGACUGGAGACACGAACAUGUGUCUACAAGAACAGAGACAUUCCUUUGGUAUUGUAAUGUGUAGCAUGUGUUUUGUUAUAUAUAUAUUAAAUACAGAGAAAAUG